AUGGUAUUUAGUACGUUCACACGUGCACUCACACAGAGUUGGAAACUUCAUCUCACUCUUUUGGUAAUCUGGAAAAAAGCAAGUUCACCAACUGAUUUACCUCAGACGACAUUGAAUUCGGAAAACGAGAAUUUCUAUAGCUUUAAUUUCUUUGACAAGGAGUUCCAGGUGGAGUUGGCCUUGGCAAUCAGCGUUUCGGAUCAGGGUCGAAAGGAAAGUGACCCGGAAACCACUCAGAUAAACGCCGCCAAACAGAUUAGCCUCAGGGGCUCACCCUCGCAAAGCCUCUCUGAAUUUUUGUCUCAACGAUAUUGGAGCAAUAGUGUUGUAAAUUAUGACGAGAAAGUAAUUGAUGGCUUCUAUUUCUGGAAUAAAUUCAAAUUUGGUGCUCCAAGAACAAAUGCCGUCAAUGUUUGA